AUGGGGAGCGGGUGGUGCGGCGCGGCGCUGCUGGCGGCGGGGCCCGAGAGCGGGGCGCUGCUCUUCCUCCUCCUCCUCCUCCUCCUCCUCGUCCUGCUGCUGCUGGGCUGCUCCCGGCCGCUGGCGCUGCGGCGCGGCCCCGGGCAGGUAGGCUACCUGCCGGUGCCCGGGCUGGGCCGGGGGGGGGCUGCCCGCCGCGCCCGCCGCCCCGCCGCCCUGCCGCCGCCCUUCCCCAACGGCUGGUACCGCCUGCUCGACUCCGCGCAGCUGCCCCGCGGCGCCGUCCGCAGCCUCGCCCUGCUCGGAGAACAGCUCGCUGCGUUUCGCGCCCAGGAUGGCCGAGCCUACGUGGUCGACGCUUACUGCCCUCACCUCGGGGCUAACCUCGCCGCUGGCGGGCGCGUCGUGGGCGAUUGCGUCGAAUGCCCGUUUCACGGCUGGCAGUUUCGAGGAGAAGACGGAAAAUGCACCCGCAUCCCGUAUGCUGGAAAAGUGCCAGAUUUUGCGAGGGUGCGGACCUGGCAUUCCUGCGAGGUGAACGGGAUGCUGCUGGUCUGGUACCACUGCGAAGGGGUCGGGCCGACGUGGGCAGUGCCCGAGCAGCGGGAGAUCACCACCAAAGAGUGGGUGUUCCGCGGGCAGACAGAGCACUUGGUUGACGUGCACAUCCAGGAGAUCCCCGAGAACGCAGCCGACACGGCUCACCUGGCUUUUCUCCACGGACCAACUAUUCUGGGAGGAUCUGAUCUGAGAUACACAAGGUCCAAGCUGUGGGAUUUUAUGAAGCACGUGUGGAAGGCCGAGUGGUGGCCGGAGCCGGAGCCCAACGAGCAUUGCUCCCAGCUGCUGAUUCAACACACCACAACCAUCUUCAAGAAGCACUUCUCCUUGAUGGAUUUGACAGUUUCAGCCAGACAGGUGGGGCCAGGGCUGGUUUUCCUGACCUUUGAACAUGCUUUCCUGGGCCAUGGGAUCAUUCUGCAGACGGUGACUCCCCUGGAGCCUCUCCUGCAGAAUGUUGUCCACAAAAUCUACUACCAGAAGAACGUGCCGGCCAUCAUCCCCAAGUUCAUCCUGAGAGCAGAGUGCAUACAGUUUGAGCGCGAUAUAACCAUCUGGAAUAACAAACAGUACCUGCCCAAGCCGCUGCUGGUCAGGGAGGACUCCGGCAUCCAGAAGCACCGGCGCUGGUACGCCCAGUUCUACAGCAAGAAGAGCGUGAGGCUCAAGGUGCAGAAGGAGGGCCUGGACUGGUGAGGAAACUUGCUGCCCACUGCAGAAGGUGGCCAGAGGCU